UUUGAGUUUCCCUGCGCACACACACACACACACACACACACACACACUUACACACACCGCCACUGUGACAUCACGGCUGGCUGACGUCCGUGUGACCCCCGCCGACACACCCCUGAACCCCUGAUCCCCCUCCUGAGAGACCAUGGCCCUGUCUUCACGCUUAAAGCUGUGGGAGCAGAAGAUAAAGGAGGAGAACAAGCCGGUGGUCGCGGCCGUCCCUCCGCCUCCUCCUCUGUCGGCUCUGCCGGGCGGCUUCCUCAAACAGCUGGUCAGAGACUCGGAGAAGGAGACCAAACAGAAAGAGCCGGAGGUCAAAGAAGACAGACCGCCAAACAGACUGAGCGACAACCUCGUGCAGCAGUUCCUCCACCCGGACGAGACGCCGCCGAUCCUCGAGGCCCAGAAGUCCCUCCAAGCCGAGCAGCUAAUCAACAACAGCAAGCACAUCGUCGCUCCUGAGCCCAGGAACAACCAGGAAACCAGACAGGAAGUGACACCAGAGCCCCCGCAGCAGCAGCAAGAGGAUAUGAAGCCUGAGAGGAGCCAGAAGACGCCACAGGCCGAGCACCGGCAGGACAGGAGAGAGCAGGUGAAGCAGGUGAAGCAGGUGGAGAAGAGGGAGGAGCGGCAGGAGCCUGACGGAAGGCAAGCAGACACAAGCAUAAGUGAAACCACCAGGAGGGAGGUGAGGGACGUGUGGUACGAAGCUGGAGACGUAUGGUACGUCCACAAGGACGGUUUCACGCUGGCCACUCAGCUGAAGCCAGAUGAAGGCACACCUGAACUGCCAGAGGGCCGAGUGAGGGUCCGCCUGGAGGCCGACGGCUCUCUGCACGAUGUUACAGAGUUUGAGAUUGAGAAGUGUAACCCGUCAGAGCUGGACCUGUGCGAGGACCUGAGCGACCUGCAGAGAGUCAACGAAUGUGGAGUCCUGCACACUCUGAUCAGCCGAGCCAAAGCCAACAUGCCGCUCACACACGCUGGGCCCAACCUGGUCAACUUCUGGCCUCCGAUCCAGACGCACAGCAAGACUCCGAAGUCCCGGCGAGGGGAGUCGGUGUGGGACGCUCCUCCUGCUCUGGCUGCUCUGGUCAAACGGGUCUACGUGUCCAUGGUGGGCACCAGGAGAGACCACAGCGUGUGCGCGGUGGGACGCAGCGGGACCGGGAAGACGACGGCGUGCCAGGCCUUCGCCCACGCCCUCCUCAAACAGGCCGGGACGACCGGAGAGAAGAUGAGCGUGGAGCGCGUGCAGGCCAUGUUCACCAUCCUCAAGUCUUUUGGCUGCGUGAGCUCGCAGCACAGCGACGCUUCGUCUCGGUUCGCCAUGGUCUUCUCGCUGGACUUUAACCACGCCGGACAGGCUGCUGCUGGACACCUACAGACCCUGAUGUUGGACAAAUGGAGGGUUUGUCAGACGACUCGGGGAGAGAGUAACUUCCUGGUCUUCUCUCAGAUGCUGGCGGGACUCAGCACCGAGUUGAGGACUGAACUGCAGCUGCAUCAGCUCCCAGAGUCCAACUCUUUUGGUAUCGUCCAUCCCACUAAGGUGGAGGAGAAGCAGCGAGCGUCCGUCGCCUUCGCCAAGCUGCUGGCUGCCAUGGAAACGCUGGGCUUCUCGGCCGGCGAGCAGAAGGCGAUAUGGCAUGUUCUGGCUGCUAUUUACCAUCUGGGAGCUGCUGGAGCCUGUAGAGUGGGCAGGAGGCAGUUUGUGAGUUUCGACAGCGCUCAGACGGCCAGCGGCGUGCUCGGCUGUGAGGGAGAGGAGCUCCACACGGCCGUCUUCAAACACCACCUGCGACAGCUGCUGCAGAGAGCCACUGGGGGCAGCAGAGAGAGGAACGCCGCCGCCACCGCCGCCGAGUCAGAGGAGGGUCGCCGGCUGACGGCUGCUCAGUGCGUGGAGGGAAUGGCUGCCGGACUCUACGAAGAGCUCUUCACCGCCGUGGUCUCGCUCAUCAACAGGGCUCUGAGCAGCCAGCAGCUGACGCUGGCCUCAGUGAUGGUGGUGGACACGCCGGGCCUGAGGAACCCGAGACACUCUGCAGAGGAGCGAGGGGCCAGCUGGUCUGAGCUCUGCCACAACUACCUGCAGGAGAGGCUGCUGGAGCACUACCACACACACACCUUCACACACACUCUGGACAGAUACACACAGGAGAAGAUCCCCGUGGAGGUGGAGAACCCAGAGAACAGCCCGGCUGAGGUGGUGUCAGCCGUCGACCAGCCGCCGCCGCAGGUCCGGGUGGCAGAUGGAGACCCCAGAGGUCUGUUAUGGGUUCUGGAUGAGGAGAUGGUGACGCCAGGCUCCAGUGAGAACACUGUGCUGGAGAGAGUCUGCCAGUAUUACAGCAACGCUGUGCGUCAGUGCGAGCAGCCGCUGCAGUGCGAGGUGAACCACCUGAUGGGCUGCGACCCCGUCCGCUACGACCUGACUGGAUGGUUCGGUCUGAUCCAGAACAACCUGUCGUCUCUGAACGCCACCUGCCUGCUCCAGAACUCCACCAUCGCGGUGGUGAAGGCCAUGUUCACGCCCAGGAUCUCUGUGCCCGCUCUGUGUCGAGGCGUGGGGGGUCUGGAGGGCAGCAGCCAGCGCUCCCUGCAGAGGAACGGCAUCAUCAGGAAAACGCUGAGCGGAGGAAUGGCCGCCAUUCGCCGACACUCGCAGUGUGUCGCAGUCAAACUGCAGGCAGACGCCCUCGUGAACCUGAUUCGGCGAGCCCGGCCCGUCUUCCUGCAGUGCGUCAGCGCGAAGGCAGACGGUGGAGGUUUUGACGUGCCGGCGCUCAGAGUCCAGCUGCAGUCCACUCAGAUCCUGUCGGCCCUGCAGCUCCACCGAACAGGUUAUCCAGACCACAUGACUCUGAGCGACUUCAGGUGUCACUUCCAGGCGUUGUCUCCUCCCAUUAUGAAACGUUACUCGUCCAUGUUUGUCAGCCACGACGAGAGAAAGGCGGUGGAGGAGCUGCUGGUCGAGUUGGAUCUGGACAAGAAGAGUGUCGUCGUGGGCGGCAGCAGGGUGUUCAUGAAGCGAGGCGUCCUGCGACACCUGGAGCAGCGAAGGGACCAGCAGGUCACCGGCUGGUUGGUCCACCUACAGGCCGCCUGCAUGGGACAUCUGGCCCGUCAGAAGUACCGCAAGCUGAAGGUGCAGCAGAUGGCGGUCAGCUGUCUGCAGAGGAACCUGCGGGCUCUCAGGGUUGUGGCGAAGUGGAGCUGGUGGAAACUUUUCUGUCGAGUGCGUCCUCUGCUCGAUGUCAACAUGGACAACGAAAGGCUGCGAGCUAAAGAGGAUGAGGUUUGGUCUCUGAGACGCCGCCUGGAGAAGUCAGAGAAGGAGAGGAACGAGCUGAGGCAGACUGCAGACAGUCUGGAGACCAAGGUGACAGCUGUGACGUCGGAGCUGAGCGAUGAGCGUUUUCGCGGCGACUCGGUGGGUCAGGCUCUGGAUGUCGAGAGGGCAGAGAGACUCCGACUCAGCAGGGAGAACAAAGAGCUGCAGGCUCGAGUGGACCAGUGCAGAGUCGCCAUGGUAACCCUGGAGAAGCAGCUGGAGGAGGAGAAGCUGAGGGUCCAGACCGCCGAGAGUCAGAGAGGAGCAGGGACAGGCAGCGAGCUGGCCGUGCAGCUGGAGUGCUGCCAGACGGAGGUGGAGUUUGUCCGCAGACGACUCAGGCAGACGGAGGAAAAGCUGGAGACAGAGAGACAGACGCGGCAGCAGCUCGACACCAAGGUGGCCACGCUGCAGGCCCAGCUGGAGCAGUCCAGGCGGAGCGCGACAGAGCUGAAACGUCACUGUCGCCGCGUGACCUCCGACCUCCAGGACGCCCGAGUCCUCACCGACAGCCUGCAGGGCCGCAUGCACGAGCUGGAGCGCAAACAGAGGAGGUUCGACAACGAGCUGACUCAGGCUCUGGAGGAAGCCGACGGCGAGAGAGAGCAGAAGGACAAGGCCCUGCAGGAAAACGCCGCUCUGGGAGCUGAAGUCUACGCCCUGCGCCGGAGCCUGCAGGAGGGCCAGGCGGAGGUGGGCCGUCUGCAGAAGCAGAAGGACGAGCUGUGCGCUCAGAUCCGCGACCUCAGCCUGCCCGUCCAUCUCGCCUCCGACUCCCUGCCCGACCUCAAGAAGCAGCUGCGCCUCCUGGAGAGUCAGGCCGACGAGAGAGCGCAGGAAGUCGGCACGCUGACCGCCAGGAUCCAGCAGCAGCAGCAGAUCCACAUGCGCUUCGAGAUGGAGAUGGAGAGGAUGAAGCAGAUCCAUCAGAAGGAGCUGGAGGAUAAAGAAGAGGAGUUAGAGGACGUGCACAAGUCCUCUCAGAGACGGCUGAGGCAGCUGGAGAUGCAGUUGGAGCAGGAGUACGAAGAGAAACAGAUGGUGAUUCAUGAGAAGCACGACUUGGAGGGACUCAUAGCAACUCUGUGUGAGCAGGUGGGGCACAGGGACUUUGAUGUGGAGAAGAAGCUGAGGAGAGACCUGAAGAGGACUCACGCCCUGCUGGCCGACGCUCAGCUGCUUCUCUCCACCGUCGACGGCUCAGGACAGAACCUGCCCGACGGCAGCAGAGAGCAGAUCGAGCGUCUGCACUGCCAGCUGGAGGAGAGCGAAGCGAGGCGGCUGGAGGCCGAGAGCAUUCAGGCGACUCUCUCCCAGGAGCUGGACAACACUCAGAUGGAACUGGAAAAUAUCUGCAAACUGAAGAGUGUGACGGACGAGCAGCUGGCCAUGCUGCAGCAUGAGAAGGCGGACCUGCUGAAGAGGCUCGAGGAGGACCAGGAGGACCUGAAUGAACUGAUGAAGAAGCACAAAGCGCUCAUCGCUCAGUCCUCCAGUGAUAUUUCUCAGAUCCGAGAGCUCCAGGCCGAGCUGGAGGAGGUGAAGAAACAGAGGCACACUCUGCAGGAAGAGCUCCAGCAGAGCGUGUCCAGGCUGCAGUUCCUCGAGUCGUCCACUGUGGGGCGCAGCAUCGUCAGCAAACAGGAGGCGCGUGUAUGUGACCUGGAAAAUAAACUGGAGUUUCAGAGAGGCCAAGUCAAGAGGUUUGAGGUGCUUGUGCUGCGUUUAAGGGACAGCGUGGUGCGUCUGGGAGAGGAGCUGGAGCAGAGCGCCCAGGCUGAGGCUCGGGAGCGAGAAAACACCCGCUACUACCAGCAGCGCCUGCAGGACAUGAAGCUGGAGAUGGAGGAGCUGACGCAGAGGGAGCAGGACAGCAGCCGCCGACGCGUCGAGCUGGAGAUGCAGGUGGAGGAGCUGAGCGCCGUCAGGCAGGCGCUGCAGGCCGACCUGGAGACGUCCAUCCGCCGAAUCGUGGACCUGCAGGCCGCGCUGGAGGAGGUGGAGUCGAGCGACGAGAGCGACACAGAAAGCGUUCAGACGGCCGUGGAGUCCCUGACUCGAAAGAAAGACCUUGACUCGGUGUCCAGCGUCGGCUCCAUCGGGACCGAGGAUGUCGGAGAGGGGAUUCGGAUUCGAGGAGGCUCUCGUGGCCGUGGAUCUCCCUAUGGCGGCAGUACUGUCAGCAGCCACGGGGGGCGCCAGUCUGUCACCGACACCAUGAGCACCUACAGCUUCAGGUCUUGCAUAGAUCCUGAUGACGACGGCUCUGAGGCUGGAGGUCCCAGGGGUCUCGGUCGAGCCCCGUCCUCCUCGGCCCUGUCUGAGCUGCUGGAUGGACUUCGUAAACGCAGAGCUGGCGGCGAUGCAGGAGGAGGAGCCAGCAGCGCCGUCUCACUGCCCAUUUAUCAACCGACCGCAGCCUCAACUCUCAGGCGAAGAGCCUCGGCGCUCUCUCUUGGUCCAGAGGACCUCCAGGAGCCGCGGCCCGGCCCGAGCAUCCUCAAACCGUCCUCACCGCUGCUGCCUCGCGCUGCCAGCGCUCGCUCCAUUGGUGACGCUCAGACGUCCUCCACAGCUGGAGCCAAACUCUCCCGCUUCAGCUCAAGCGAAUCCGUCUCUUCGCUCCCCUCACUGCCACGCCUCUCCUCCUUGGCGUCCUCUCUCGCCACUCGCCAUCGUCCUCCCUCCCUGGCCAUCCCAGAGGAGGACGCGGAGCAGCCCGUCCGCUCCGUGACGACUCCCAUCCAGCGCUCCCCUCAGGCACCACGGCGGUGCAUUCUGGGUAAUCUUGUUGCAGAGGAUGGAGGUGAAGCCUCUCUGGGUUCAGAGUCCAUGGUCUUCCAAAACCGCCGCCUGACUGGGGAUAACGACGCAGCCUCUGACGUCCUGCCUGCCAUCCGGAGAGCUCAGUCCACCAGCAGCCUGGCCAGCUCAGUCAGAGGAGGCAGGAGGGCAUUGAGCGUCCACUUUGGAGAGCUGCCUCCUUCGACCCGCAGCAGGAAAAGCUCCGAAACCGAGUCCUCGAGCUCAGGCGGAUCAGGGGGAAGUUCCCAGGGCGGCGGGCCGAGACGCAGGUUUGACAGGCCGCGGGGAGAAAGGCUGGAGGCGGAGGGGAGUGAGGGGGGAGACGUGGCGUCAGUCAUGAAGAGGUACCUGAAAAAGGAGGCUGACUGAAGCAGCCUCGUCGUGUGUCCACAUCCAGCUGUGAGCUCCACAGACUCUGAACCCAACACUCCAGAAGCCAGCGAGGAGCUUGUCUGACUUGUUAAAACCACCUGAAAAUCCACAAGCUGUCAGUCAGCUGUGUUUCAGAUAAACACUGUUUGUAUGUGAAUAAAAAAAAAAUGAGAUGAA